UCAACCUCCGACUGCGCCCGCAUGCGUACACGAUCCGUAGAUCGCGCCCUAGUGUGAACCGGCUGUGCUAAAUGGAACUAACCAGCGUUCAAUGUUAAAGAAACAAAGUUACGAGGACAAGGAAGUGAACAUGGCGAUACAGAGUGUUUCGAGGUACCCGAGCAGCCCUGCUGAAGCGACGGAGCCACCGAAGGCGUCGAGGAUCAGUUUCAGCGUCGCGUCAAUAUUGGCAGAUACGAAGGCGAGCCAAGUGGAUGAGACGGCGGAGAUGAUCAGGCACCACAGGACGAUCCCGGAGUCUCCGUUGAGGCAGUCUCCGUCGGCGCAGCCUGAGCUGCCCGGUGGCAAGUCCGUGUCUCCCAGGCCGUCGUCUCAGACCCCACCUUUAAAUUUGAAUAUAUCAAAUAUGUCAGCAACUGUUACUUCUUCUGAAGAUGAGUAUGAGGACUCGGUUAAUCAAGAAGACUCGAUAGUAGAUGUAGAAGACCUGCAGAAUGGUUUGCCGAGUGAGGACGAGGAGAGACCUCCGUCGGAGAAGGCGCAGCUGGUGCGGCCGACGCCGUUCAGUGCGCUGGCUGUUGCGGCGUACGGGUUGACGGGCUGGCCAGGCCCGCCGCCCGUCGUGCCUUCCUUCGGCCCGCUGUUCCAAUCACAUUUCCCAGUUGGACCUUUAACAGAUGCCAAUGGUGAGCCUGCGAAGUUGAAGUGUAAUCUCCGUAAGCACAAACCCAAUCGCAAGCCACGCACCCCCUUCACCGCACAGCAGCUCCGAGCGCUAGAAAGCAAGUUCGUCGACAAGCAAUACUUAAGUAUUGCGGAACGAGCUGAGUUCUCUUCGUCUUUAGGACUCUCUGAAACUCAGGUAAAAAUCUGGUUCCAAAACCGAAGAGCGAAAGCGAAGCGUGUUCAGGAGGCGGAGAUCGAGAAACUCAAAAUGGCGCAGUUUUCUCGCCACCCCCACCAUUUGUACCCCCACCCCGCGCUGCAGCAGUAUUUCCACCCGCACCACCUCAUGGCGGGAGGGCGACCGUUGCCUCCCAUGGGCCUGCCGCCACCACAUCUAACUAUGGUCCAACCACCUGUGUCAAACGGAUCACCGUCUCCAAGCACACAAACUACCACCCAACAGUGAUUAAAAAGACGUUAUAAAAUGUGAAUUCAAAUUCGAAUUCGGAACUAUCGAACGCCGAGCCGUUAAAAACAGUUCCGUUUAUUUAAAAAGAAUGUUUGUCUGCUGUCGCUACCGCCUCGGUUGUGAAUGCAGAAUGUUUAAGAAAAAAAACCUUGUAAAUUAUUUUGUAAAUAUUAGUUUAAAGGGAGUUUAGACAAUAUCGUGUAUUAGUUAUAAUUUUCAGAAUUAAUUUAAUGUAAACUUAGUAGGUAAACUUUACCUUUCAACCAAAAUUUUGUUUGUGUAAGUACAAAAUUCCCCUUCGAAUCAAAUAUGAACUGUAUAAUUGUGUAAAUAGAGUUUUAUUUUGUACAUUGUUACUUUUAUUGUGUAGUUAAAAAUAUAUUUCUUUGAUAUUGACA